AGUGGUAAAGGAGAACCUUAAUCUGUAUCGAUCGCAUACUGCCCCCAUAAUCAACCAAAAUGAAUUCCGCUUCAGAGAUUGUCGCGAAGUUGAAUCUCGAGCCCCACCCAGAAGGUGGUUUCUACGCCGAAACUUUCAGGGACACCUCCAUUGUUCUCACCCAGUCUCAGCUCCCCCCAGAAUAUAAGGUGGACAGAGGCGUGAGUACAUGCAUAUAUUUCUUGUUACCGUCUGGGAGCGUGUCGCACCUCCACCGUAUACCUUGUGCAGAAACCUGGCAUUUUUAUUUGGGUGAACCUCUUACGGUAUUGGAACUGAAUGACAAAGAUGGGAGUGUCAAACUAACCUGUCUUGGACCCAAUCUGAUGGACAAGGAGCAACCACAGUACACAGUGCCUCCAAAUGUGUGGUUUGGUGCUUAUCCAACGAAGGACAUCAGCAUUUCCCCAGAUGGGUUGGUGCACGUAGCCCCACCAAGGAAUGCUGAGAAUCAUUUCUCCCUUGUGGGAUGCACUUGCGCUCCUGCCUUUCAGUUUCAGGACUUUGAGUUGGGAAAACGAUCCGAGCUUGUCUCACGCUUUCCCGGCAGUCAGUCUGUGGUCACUCUCCUCACAUUGCCAGACUGAACAGAAGCCCUGUUUUAUUUUGCUAUAAUCAUGGAAAGUUUGCUCCCAGUGUUGGUUUUCCGGAGAUUUGUUCAUCUCUCCUGGAUUUUGAGUGCUUAAGCAUAUACAUCAUACACAAUAAAAUGCAAACUUAGAACCUCUGUUUUUUAUUUUUGUUUUCUUUAUUUCUUUAGAAUGAGUAUGAUCCGAUCUCUUUUGGGAA